UCUCUCUCUUCUGUCAUUUACGAAGACUGAGAAGGAAAGAGAGAUAUUUAGCCUGAGAAGCAUGAUCAAGGAUAAUCUUGCUUCAUCAGGACAUGAUCAACGAUAAUCUUGCUUCAAUGGUUUACUACUGAGAGUAUAAGGAGUUGGGUUUGUGAAUCAAAUCGUGAGGCUGCAUUUUUCUCUUGAGGAUACGCUCAACUAGGAGGAAAAGUCGAGCUUUCAUUGUAUGGAAGGCUAUUAACAGAAGAUUUCAGGCGAAGGGGUAUGAUCAGAAGGCAUGUGUUGCAAUGGAGAAAGAGGUGGGAAUUUAUAGGAAAGAUUUCUGGUAAUGAACGAGCGCGUGGUGCGCGUUGGCAUGACAAUUCAUUCAGUUGCCCACGCAUGGUAUUUGAAGUCGUUGAUUGAACAGUGGGUUUGAAAAAUGAGCUCAGUCGAAUUUAUGACAGGAGACAAGAUCCUACUUCCACGGGAUCUUUUGACAAAAUUUCCAUCGCGGCCCGAGGUCGCCUAACGCUUUGUUGUUUACUGUUUAUUUCACCUGAAGUGAAAAAUUCCUUUAAAGCCACUCGUCUGCUGCUUCCAGAAACUUCACAAAAUUUCUUCAGUUCCUAACGCUUAGUCUCUUCUCAGUACUUCAUCUCUCCCAAUUUCUUCGUAUUCUCAACUAUUUUUCCUUACUCUCCUAAAUAUGGGAGUAUCAUCAUCAUCCGUUAACAACCUCGAUUUGAAUGUUGCUCCUGCAGCACAACCCAUUGUUAUGCCUGACGUGCAACCGGAGGUGCCUGUUGUUCCCCCUGAAGUGUCUGCUAUUCAUCCCGUCGUACCUGUUACACACCCUAAUGAACCUGCUGCAUAUCCUAACGUAUGGCAGCCAACUUUUGUCUUUGACAAUCGUCCUAUCACUAUUCACGAUUCUGUCAUGCUCCAUGAUUCUACUGCUGUAGCAGUGGCCAAAGGUUUCGUAAUUCCACGGGAUCAAACGUUCUUAGCUGAUAGGUCGGAUACUGAUGCUAUUAAUAACUCAUUGGCAUUCAGUAUCCAAGGUGCUGCUUCAGUUUCUGACAUGGCACAACGUUUGAGUGCCAGAAAUGUUGAGCUGAAAGUCUCAAGAAACCAAAUCGGGGUCUUACAGCGACUGCUCAAAUACUACAAACGAAAACACGUGGAUUUGAAGCAGGAGAAUACUCAGCUGAAAAAGAUGAUGUUAUCUUACGCAGAAUACUUGGGACCAAAGAUGCUAGAAAUGGAGAAGAAUACCGAACGUCUCCAGCGACAGCACGAAAAACUCCGGGUCGAUGUUCAGGGGUGUUGCAAGUCUCUCCGCACACGCUCUAGUCAGAAAUAAUCUUCCUGGAGCAGCUCUGAGGAAUCAUCUGCUCAUCAUUACCACGUAUCUCUUUAUGCAACA